AUGGACAGUCAAUCACAUCAGGAGCAGCGGCAACUGGUCACGGGCCACAAGCCACAGCCGCCAAAUAAAAGAUCCCGGCCAGGCGCCCGAGGGAAGCCAAAGACAAGAACCGGCUGCCUGACUUGCAAACAACAUCGAUACAAAUGCGACGAGGCGCGACCAGCCUGCGGAGGCUGCGUCAAGGGUAACUGGGAGUGUGAAUAUCCCACCGCCGUCGUGCAGGCGCGACGACGAGCGUUCGUGCCAUCCACCACUGUCACCGCGACACAACCCAGAAUGCUUCCCAAGCUGAGCGAGCGGGACAUGCAGUCUUUUUCCUUCUUCAUAAUCGCCGUGGUGCCCGGCAUUGAAAACGCGCUGUCGACUCGCAGGAUCACGCCGAUUUUGGUCCAGACGGCCAUCGCGGAGCCUUGCGUGCUACACGCGGCGCUGGCCUCGGGUCUCGCCAUGCGCGACUCGUGCUGGCCGGGCGACGACCGGUCCGAGAGGGUGGAGCGGCUCGAGAGCAUACUGGGACACUACAACCAGGCCAUCCGGGUCAUGGCUGAACUGGUGAACCAGCACGGGGACCUGGCAGCCCUGGCCAAGAGCCGACCAGACCGUCUGUUUGCUGCCAUGUGGUCAUGUUUGCUCAUGGCAAUCACCGACCACAACUGCUCGGGGCCGCUGGACAUAAGUGGGCUUCCGGACAGCUCGGAGAGGACUUUGGUGCAUGUGAGGGCAGUUUACGUUAUGCUUCAUGAGAGCUGGGCGUUAUCCCCCUACGUAGAGGGCUACGGCCCUCCUGACAAGAACAGUCUAAUUCAGGACCACAUGAUAGAGGUGGCGUCUGCGACUUUGAACUUUUUCCUCCAGACCACGUUUUACGAAGACAUAGCGAAACCGGGUAAUAUGAGACGAGAGAUGGAACUGUACAUCUAG